UAUUGAACAAAUGAAUGCUAGGUCUGCAUUCGACCUUGCUAUACCAUGCUGUCACGCGUAAGAGUACCGAUUCAUCAUCGUCGUGCGGGUGUCCUUGUUGCUCGACGAGGGUUCCAGUCUCGAACGCGCUUCUUCAAGCCACCAACUGCAGCCGCCUUAGCGCACGAGGAAGGCGAAAAUGUUGUGUUGGGCGCUCUUGGAAAGACAACGUCGGGGAAAAGGCUGAAAAUCAGGACGUAUCCUACGUUUGAGCGUCUUGAAGACGAGAGAUUGUAUCGAAAGCAGCACCUCGCUGCAGCAUUUAGAAUAUUCGCCGAGAGGGGUUUCGACGAAGGUGUCGCUGGGCACAUAAGUGUCAGAGACCCUAUUCUCACAGAUCAUUUCUGGCUGAAUCCACUUUCUAUGCACUUCUCGCAGAUUUGCGUCUCAGACUUGAUCCUGGCAGAUGAGAAUGGCAACAUCGUAGAAGGCAACCAGCCGAUCAACGCGGCGGCAUUCGCAAUCCACUCAGAGGUACACAAAGCCCGGCCGGACACGAACGCGGCGUGCCACGCCCACUCCGUGGCAGGCAAAGCGUUUUCCGCAUUCGGACGCCAUCUGGACAUGAUUACGCAGGACUCUCUGCGCUUCUACAAGUCGCAUGGCGUGUAUGACCAGUUUGGAGGAGCGGUGCUCGAUCGCGAAGAAGGCAAGCGUAUAGCAACUGCUCUUGGAGACGGUAAAGCCGUGAUCUUGCAAAAUCACGGCUUAUUGACGGUAGGGCAAAGCUUGGAUGAGGCUGCGUUCUGGUUUAUGAGUUUGGAUCGAACUUGUCAGGCACAACUUUUGGUCGACGCGGCCGCUGCGGGGAGCGGGAACAAACCCAAAAUCAUCCAAGAUGAAGAGGCGGCUUUUACGUAUCAACAGGUAGGGACGCCGGCUAAAGGAUGGCUUGCGUUUCAGUCAUACUAUGAUGAGAUUCUUGCAAAGACGGGCGGAGACUUUUUGAGGUAGAGUUGCGGUAGCUGUAGUCUCAACAAAAGAACGCUACUUGCAACCGUAACGAUAGGACUAAGCGGCCGAGACCAUCAUCAAGUAGUAACGGUGAUUUGCAACGACUUGAACGCUUUGUCUUCCACCGACUCAACCCAUUGGCUUGGCUGAUCAGAACCUGUCCUAAUGAAACUCAAAUGCAGUCCCCAGUUCUAGGAUAUUUCUAUGCUCAAUCUUCCGAUAGGUCAGCAGAGAUUGUGUUUGAACAGAAGUUUUCUUUUCAAGAAAAAAGGAAAAGGGGAGAUGGGAAAGGGGAAAGGGGGAUACGGGGAAUAAGCC